ACAGCCCACACAGCGGCAAGCCCGUGUCUGUCUGUCUGCUCGUCCGGCAACACACAAAAUCCAAGGGACAGUACCCGGCUGAGAAAAUCCAGGGAUUUCUUUGAAACGAUGGCCCCUAAGAGACGAGCCACUUCUGCUGUGAAGGCAGGUGGUAAGAAGGUGAAAGAGGAGCCUGAGACCUCAAAGCCUAAGGACGCCUUCACCACUGCAAAAGAGGCCCUCUUGGCCGCGGGGCCACAGGUGAAAGGCAAGAAGAAGGUCGAUGAGCACUGCAGCCUCUCAGGCUCUGGAGAGGUGUAUGAAGAUUAUGACUGCAUGCUCAAUCAGACAAACAUUGGAAAUAACAAUAAUAAGUUUUAUGUCAUUCAAGUUAUUAAACAAAACAAGCAGUACUAUUCUUGGAACAGAUGGGGUAGAGUGGGGGAAGUGGGACAGUCCAAACUUUCAGCUGGUUCUACAAAUCCUGAAAAUGCCAUCAAGGACUUUGAGAAAAAGUUCAAAGACAAGACAAAGAAUAACUGGAGCGAUCGUCUGAAUUUUGUGCCUCACUCUGGGAAGUACACCUUGAUAGAGGUGGAUGGAGACCAGGAUGCCGAGGUCAAGGUGGAUAGUGUUGAUGGGAAGACUACCAAAAUAACUAAAAAUGUCCUACCAUGCACCCUUGAUGAUCCUACAAAGAAGCUCAUCAAGCUCAUCUUCAGUAAUGAUAUGUUCAAGGAGGCAAUGGAGUGUAUGAACUUAGACAUCAAGAAGAUGCCUUUGGGUAAACUUAGUAAGCUGCAGAUUGCAAAAGGCUUUGGAGUACUGGAGGAAAUUGAGGCAGCCAUGAACCAGAAAAGGGCGAGCUCAGUUCUGGAAGAACUUUCCUCAAAGUUUUUCACCACAAUCCCACACAACUUCGGCCGGAGCAGGCCACCAACCAUCAACAGCACAGAGAUUGUGGAGAAGAAGAAAGAGAUGCUUAUGGUGCUGGCUGACAUUGAGCUGGCCCAGACAUUGAAGUCAGAGACUGAAAAGGCCCAGGAAGAGAUGGUAGAGACAGUUCCUCACCCUCUGGAUCAGGACUACAGUUCUCUGAAGUGCAGGCUCAGUUUACUGGGAAAAGACACAGAGGUAUUCAAGAUAAUAGAAAAAUACUUGACAGCAACUUCAGAUAACUACAGAGAUCCAAAAAUCAUCAAUGUUUGGGAAGUUGAUAGAGAGACAGAGGGAGAGCGGUUCAGCGAGAAUACCAGUUUGGAGAACCGUCGUCUGCUGUGGCACGGUACCAACAUCGCAGUGGUGGCAGCCAUUCUGAAGAGUGGUUUGCGGAUCAUGCCCCAUUCAGGAGGUCGUGUCGGUCGUGGUAUAUACUUUGCAUCUGAAAACAGCAAGUCUGCUGGUUACGUGCGCACCUCUAAAAACACUGGAGUGAUGUUCCUGAAUGAGGUAGCCUUAGGCAAAGAACACACAAUCACCAAAGAUGACAGUUCCCUUAAAAAGGCUCCUGCAGGCCACGAUAGUGUGGUGGCAAGAGGAACAGUGGAACCAGACCCAUCCAAGGACAUCUCCAUCACUCUGGAUGGCAAGAAGGUUGCUGUGCCUCAAGGUAAGCCAAUAGCCCAGCCCCAGUUCUCGGACAGCUACUUCUCCAGCAGCGAGUAUCUCAUCUACAAAGAGAGCCAGUGUCGUAUACGCUACCUGCUGGAGCUGAAGAUGAAGUACUAACCCAAGAUGAGAAAUGAUGUAGGUCAUUAGGAGGAGAAAACUUCUACAUUGUCUUCAUAAAAGGUGGAUCUUCAAAUAUUACAUCUAUCUGUCUUUAUUCUUGCUGUCACUGUUGUGUUUAGAUGCCCCUACUGAGCUACAAAUGACUCAUACUUCUCUGUGCCUUGUAUUUUAAAGUGCAAAUACUGCUCUGAGUGGAUAUAUUUCUUGCCUUUAUCACUAGCAGAUUUAGAUGUCCUCUUAAAAUGAAAAAAGAUGGCAUCAUCUUGAUCUUGGUUUUUGAAAUGUCUGAAGGGCCUCUAAAUAUUUGUAAAGUCACUGUCUAGGUUGUGUGAGACACAUCUCUCCUCUUCACAGAGGCUUACAUUCAGCACCUUACAUACUACUUUGCAUCUUGAGGCUGCCAUUUGAGGCUGCUCUUUUACAUACUGCAUUACCUAAUGCAGUAAGUGUUGAUGCAAAUAUAUUUCCCUCAUAAACAAAAUAUCUUUGAUAUUUACAAGUUUACUGCACGCUUUUGUAGUAAUAUUGAAGUUUGGAAUAAUGCUAUGCAGAGAAGAAAUAAAUUGUACACUAGAUGUACAAAGAAAUGUUUACAGGAGGAAGUAGAAAAUGCAGUUUUGGUAAAACUCAUGCACUAUUAAAAACCUUAUAUUUUGUGGCGCUGCCUAGCAAAACUCUGGAAUUGCCUGUGCAGUACAAUGUUAUAUUGUAUGUAAGU